ACAACAAUGGUGUCAUUUAAACUCUCAUUUACACUUGUUUAUUUCUUUACCCUAGCAAUUCCUCACACCAUCAAUGCCCAAAACUCCCAACAAGAUUACUUAGAUACUCACAAUGUAGCUCGUGCCGAAGUGGGUGUCACAAACAUUGUAUGGAAUGCCACUGUGGCUGCCUAUGCUCAAAACUAUGCUAACCAGAGCAAAGCCGACUGCAAUCUUGUCAAUUCUGGUGGACCUUAUCGUGAGAACCUUGCUAAAGGUAGUGGUACCUUCUCAGGCACUGCAACAGUGAAUUUAUGGGUAGCUCAAAAGGCUUAUUAUGAUUAUGCCACAAAUACUUGUGGUGGUGGACAUGUUUGUGGUCACUAUACUCAAGUGGUGUGGAGUAAUUCUAAUCAACUUGGAUGUGCUAGGGUUCAGUGUACAAAUAAUAGUUGGUGGUUCGUUAUUUGCAGCUAUUAUCCUAGUGGAAACAUCAAUGGCCAAUCUCCUUACUAG